AAAUAGUAUUAGCAACAUUAAAUAUGGUAGUAGCAGCAUUAAUAGCAUUAGUGAUGAUUGUGAUAACAUAUGUAAUAACGGUAGUAGCAUUGGUAGUAUUGACGGUAUUAAUGGUAGUGAUAACAUUAGCAACAUUGAUGAUGAUAAUAAUAUAUUAGUAGCAACAUUGACAGCAUUAGACAUGAUAGUGGCAGCAUUAGUAGCAUUAGUGGUGGUAGUAAUAUAUGUAGUAGCAGCAGUAAUAUUGGUAGUAUUGACAAUAUUAAUGCGUAGUGGUAGUAGCAUUAGUAGAAUUGAUAGUGGUGGUGAUGACAUAUACAACAGUGGUAGUAAUAUUGGUAGUAUUGGUAUCAUUAAUAGUGGUAGUAACAUUAGUAGUAGCAUUGAUAGUGGUAAUAACAUAUCAACAGCAGCAUUGACAACAGCAUCAUUGGCAGCAUUGGAUGUGGUGGUAGUAGCAUUAGUAAAAUUA